AUGGAAAGAUUGUCCCCUGCCACAGGCCUGUGGUCUGCGGUCCCCUGCUUAUUUGAACCAGCCUUCCUGCUAACAGGCUUUCUCCUUCUUGCAGGGCCCCUGCCACAGCCUUCUGCCGGGAAGGGGCUGGAGGAAGGCAAUAUUCACCACCUGGUGCAGCCCAGAGGGUCCAGGAAUGGACCAGGGCCCUGGCAGGGAGGUCGGAGAAAAUUCCGCCGCCAGCGGCCACGCCUCUCUCAUAAGGGCCCCAUGCCUUUCUGAAGCAGGACUGAAGGGGCCCUCAAGUACUUCCCCCCCUGCACUUCUCUCUACUCCAUACAUUGGUCUGCUUCUUUGGAGCUCUUAUAUCCAUUCGCCUCUCAUCUUGCACACGUCCUAGCUGCUGAUGGUCCCAGCUCUUCUCACCCACCAGCCUCCCUGAAUGACGUGGCCUUUCUCUGGACUGACUUUGGAGACCCAGCGCUGGAAGGCCGUCCUUUUUCUGGAUCUCGUCCUGCUUUAUUAUCCACCUCUUCCACCUAAUACCCCAACCUCCAAGCAGCCCUCCCUUCCUCAGGUGUGCCCUGGGGGCUGCAUGGAAACACUCCCUUCUUCAAUGGGCUCCAGCAGAUCCCAGGUUUUCACGCCAGUUGGACCUUUAGCAGGCCUCCAGAGGGAAGUAAAGAGAUGAGCAAUGAGAGACUCUAGUUAGAGGCCAGGAGCUUUGGCAUGCAGACAGGGUGCCUUGAGGGCAUUGGAGUAUGUGUGUGUAGGGGGGCGAGGGGGUUGGUGCUCUGGGGAAGGGGAGGGGUGUAGCAUUGGAGAAGAGGAGGAAUAGCUUUAUGGCUGCUUUAUCAAGAGGCAAAGGAGAGGAACAUACAGCACUGUCACUUCUCUCAUCUUACUGUGUCUUCUAACACUCCCCCAACUCACUGCUCCCUAACUUCCUCUACCCCGCCCUCACCAGCAAGUUCAAGCUCUAGCUCAGGAGGGGAGGGUGAUGGGCCUGAGGUGGCUCCAUACUCUCCCAGGAGCAAAAGCCAGGCAGACAUGUUUUUGCCAAGAAUCACAGAAUAUCAGAGUCAAAAGGAAUCUUGCAGAUCACUAAGCUCUGCCUCCUUAUGCAAACUCCUAUAAAGACAGAGGCCUAGAGAGGGACAGUGACCCACUGAGGGUCACUGCAGAGCCAGAAUGAGGACCUAGGUCUCCCAAGUCCCACUUGAUGAUGUCCUCUUCCCUGUUGAUGUCUUUUCAAAAUGUGUUAAGUGCCUUUUCUUGGGGUUGGGGCUGGGGCCGGCUGGGAGGGGAGAGGAUAGUGGUCUGUGAACUGCCCCACGGUGGCAGUGGUAUGGUGGCGGUGGUGUGGGGACAGAGCUGCUCCAGCCUUCCUGGCCUGCCUCUGCUGCUUCAUUCCCCAACCUGGGCUGAAAAAUUCCUUAACUGGCCAGCUGACCCCAUUCCGUCAACACUCCCAGACCCCCGAUGUUUUCAUAGGGGCAACUCAGGCACUGAGAUUAACAGUCCAACCCCAGCACUGGUUUUCAGGAGCUUGGAGUUGGCCUUGAGUAAUUGGACUCAAUAGCCUUCCCUUCAUGUUGACUGGACUUUCUUUCCCAGUGGCCUUCCCUUUGUGGGAGGGGGAGGGAGAGAAGAAAGAAGGGAAGGAGGAGGUGAAGGAGAGAAGGAAGGAUGGGAGGAAGUAUAGGUCUGAGCAGGCUUCCUUCUCAGAGGCCUCCCAGGAGUGAAGAAAAGGGGAGACAAGAGCCUGACAGCCACAUAUGUAUGUUUGGGGAGAGGGGGAGUCAGGACCCCUGAGUCCCACAAUAACCCUUAUGUUGCCUACCCGCCUCUCACCCUUACCUCUGCUGCUGCUAAUGCUACUGCUGCUGCUGCUGCUUUAAGGCCUACCCUGGGAGCCCACCUGGGCACUUGCCUCCCCCCACACCCCUCAUACUCAGAGUAGGGGCUGGCCAGUGUCCAGAAAGCCUCUUCUGCCACUGAUGCCCCCACCAGGGGCUGGGCCUUCUUUGCCCUCUUCCUCUCUGUAUCUCCUGACUCAUCAGCUGCCCAGCCCCAUGGGGAAGGGAGGAAGGCGGGACAUGGCAGUGGAGGGCAGUGAGGGGCUGGGGGCCUGCCUUAUUUAAAGUGGUUGUGUAUGAUUCUUAUACUAAUUUAUACAAAGAUAUUAAGGCCCUUUUCAUUAAGAAAUUGUCCCCUUCCCAUACUUGUGUUCACUGUGUUUGUAAAGAUUGUUCUAUGUAAAUAUGUCUUUAUAAUAAAGAGUUAAAGAUGAUAAUUUGCCCUUACUCGUGGAGGUCAUGUUCAGGAGAGCCCUUACUGUCCCCUGAGGUCCAUGGUUGUCCCCAGGCCCACAUGUUGCACAUGCAAGGCAGUACACUUGCAUCCCAAAUCGGUUCCAGGUCAAGUGGCCACAAACCAAUUUGCCACAAACUCACAAAAGGAAUCUCUAGGCUUAACGGCUGGUUCACAUAAAAUUCAGUCCACUUUGAAGUGUUUGGCAUCAGUUUGGGUGUCCUAAUUUUUUUUUUACAGUGUCAUCAAAAAGGAUUUUUAGAAAGCAAUUGUAUUUAAGAACAUUCUGGUUAAAGGUGGGAUUUCUACUAAAAGUUGUUUUGUAUCCUUGGUGGGUGUCUUCUACUUUUUGAACACUUUUGGGACCUUUUAGCCAGUUUGCCUCUCUUGAAAAAUGUUAUG